CGCACUGGGUUUUCAACAGAGGGUUUUUGCUUCAUUUCCCCCAGCUCCACUUUGGGGAUGGGCUGUGAGGGUUUGUUUAGUGACAACAGCGACGUGGCUGAGACAACACUUCCCGAAGCUGGGCUAAUUGUGAAAAAUGCCAGGUAAGAAGAAAAAAGAGAAGAAGAAGAAGCCACCCAAGGAGAAGAAGGAGGGUGAUGCUCUGCCCAGCUUAGACAAGCAAUUCUAUGAGCUCACCAUUCAGGAUUUGAACAACAAAUUGGCGCGGCUCAGGAGUCACAAUGCCAAGGUGGAGGAGCAGAUUGAGGACCUCGAGGCGAAAAUGAAGCAGUUGCAGGAGGACAAGUCCGACAUUACAGCAUAUCUCAAUCGAACCCUGAUUGAGAAGGUGGAUGUGAUUAGGGAGUUGGAAGAGAAGCUCAUUGAGUUGAAUAAUGUGCGAGAGGCAGAGGGCAGGGAGGCACAGAACAAGCUGAAGGAAUGGGAUUCCAAGUACAAGGCAAUGUAUGAUCAGCUGACGUCGGAGAUAAAGCUACUGACAGGGAAGUUGAAUUCCCUGGAGGAGUUUAGAAUACAGAGAGAUGAGAUUUUGGCUAAAUUUGACGCUCAAGAGGCUCAAUUGAGAGACCAACAGAGGAAACAUGAGGACAAGCUAUAUGAGAUGGAAAGGAACAAUGUAAUUGGCAAGGAUAGGCUGAAGAAGGAGGUUGAGAGUCGUCUUCUGCAGCUGUCUAAUGAGUUCACGAAGAGCACUCAUCUCCGAGUAGCUGCCCACACCCAACGUCUUGUACGGGAGAAUAUUGCCCUGACAAAUGAGCUGGAUAGGAUUUUGGUGACUCAUGAGCGUCUGCAGGAGGAGAAACGUCGAAUGCUGACCCUGAUGACUGAGUACAAGAAUCAGGCUCGAGUGAAUGCUGCAGAAAAAGCGCGUUUAAUACGAAGUAGUCAGGAGCAGAUUGAGGUCAUCGAUCGGGUAGCGGGUCAGUUUGAGAAUCUGCAGAGGAGUCAUGAUGUACUCAUAACUAAGGCCAGAGCACACGAUAGAGCAGUAGGACGGGAAAUGGCAAUUGAGCGUGAGCUGUCGGAAGCACAUAAGAGAAUUGAACACCUGGAGCGUGCUAUUGAGAUCAUCAAUACCAACAGGGAGGACUUAAGAGUGGCCUCGGUGCGCUUCAAAACAGAAUCCCAACACAUCCUGUGCAUUUUGAAAGCUCUUCAAUCCACCGUGAGAAAGGCCAUUCUCACAGACAUGGACACUGUGCAGGUGUAUGAUGUGACACAGCAGCAACGAAAUAUCUUGCAUGAGAUAAUGAACAUUCUCACGGGACUCAAUGCAAUACCAAUCACUGAUUCCACCGAAGCAAUAUCCCUGGUCAACUCUAUUUACAAUCACGGAGAUUUGGGCAUUGUUUCCAGCUCUACCGAUGAUAUCAUUCCAGCUCACCAAAUUGUGCAGACAAACCCAUGCGACAGGGAUGUCCUAACAGUGGAAGAGUCACAUCCCCGUGAACGCUCAGCCAGAGCCACCACAGGUGCUUUUGAUGUGAGUGACGACAGGGAUGAUGAUAAAGGUGUAUCGAAGCGCUACUCGAGCGGCGCAAUUAUUGAUGUUGGUUUCACGGUAUUUUCGGAGCAAUUCUCACGAGACGAUGCGGAUGACAACGGUGAGGCCAAGGAUGGUGCCACUGAUGACACAACAGACGAUACAACUACAGGAGAUGUGGAAAAUAGACCAUCUGACGUGCUAUCGAAAUUGUCAGCCGAUGAUGAGUAGGGAGUUUGAGGGGGGAUUGAGGAAGAAAUCACCAAUUUCCGAUUCAAUUAGACGUGGUGACAAAUUGUUCAUCCUCCACAAAUAGGAGAUGCAUCUGUGCACAAAGCCACUUUCAUGAU